GGCAUGCGCAGUGCGGCUCAAAAUGUCGGCUGUGGUUCGGACGUAGCAUUUGUCUUGUAGCAUAAUAAUGUCCUAAAGCCGUUUAAACCAUUAUUUAGUGCGCUCCCUUGCCAGUAUGUCUUCUCAGGACUUGAUUGGGCCCGCACUGCCCCCGGACUUAAGCAAGACUGAAGAUUCCGAUGACGAACGCGACUUUGCCGGUCCUGCUUUGCCCCCUGGCUACAAACGAGGAGAACCUUCCAGCUCCUCGGAUGAAAGUGAGGACGUGGUGUUCAAAAGAGUGAAGACGGAACACAAACAUGCAGGGGUGGAGAAGACAAAGACUGAAGACGACGAUGACGACGGCUUCUUUGGGCCGGCUUUACCACCAGGUUUUAGCAAGACACCCAGUUCACCAGACAGGUCACCUGUGCUGGGACCAGCUUUGCCGCCAGGUUUCCGCCGUGCUGCGUACGAUGACCAGGAUGACCAGGAUGAAGAUGGAGAGGAUGUACCAGGACCUGCCUUGCCCCCAGGCUACCAGGCGGAUCCAUCCAGCAGCGAGGAAGAGGAGGAUUUUGUCAUCGGACCCAUGCCGGCCAAAGGGCCAGUUGAAAACACUGUGGCUCUGGACAUCGAACGCAGGGCACAAAUGAUGAGAGACAAGCUGACUAAAGUUGACACUCCCGAGAUGCCAAGCAGAGACACGUGGAUGACGGAGCUCCCACCAGAACUGCAGCACAUCGGUUUGGGCGCUCGCACUUUCAAGAAGAAGUCUGGGCCGGAGAAGGGCGACCGCUCAAUUUGGACCGAUACGCCUGCGGAUAGAGAGCGCAAAGCCACGGAGCGGCGUGAGAAAAAGAAAAAAGGCGAUGCUAAGAAAGACAGCCCCCCGCGAGUGUCUCCGAAGGAUCUGGAAACAGCAGAGAAGGUGUCCAAGUAUAAUAAUACAAAACGCUCGGAGUCUUUGCUGAGUUUGCAUGCAAAGAACCUGAAGGAGAAGGCAAAGGAAGGCGAGGAGCAGCCGGCGGAGAGGCGGGCGUUCGACCGGGAGACCGACCUGCAGGUCAACCGCUUUGACGAAGCGCAGAAGCAGCGGCUGCUGAAGAAAUCUCAGGAACUCAACACGCGCUUCUCGCACAGCAAGGAUCGGAUGUUCCUGUGAGGACAGAACUUUGAACUCAUGAACUUGGACGAUCCUGCACAAGAAUGCCCAGCCAUCGCUGAUGCAGUCCAACUUUUGUAAGUAAGAUGGAGAUAGCAGAAGAAGCACAUUGUUUGCAUUUUCAGGACAUGUUGGCAAUAUGUGAGAUGAUGAUAUAUAUCCCUCUAGACCAGGGGUGUCCAAACUUGUACCUCCGACGAAUGAAAUUUGAAUAUUUUUAAUUUUCAAAAACAUUAGGGGUCCCCUCAGUUUUGGUGAAUAGUAAAUAAGUCUUAGUCAUUAAAGUGUUAAAAAUAAGUCCUAUUUGUUGUAGUUUCAACACUUAAAUAUAUUUAGAUCAUCUUCAGAUCUAUUAGUUUCCAUUAAUGUUUUUGUAUACAUUUUUUUUUUUCAAAGAUAACCUUUUUUUUCAUGGCCAAAACACAAAAUAUCAAAUAUUUCCCCCCCCCCAAAAAAAUUUCAAAAUGUAAUAUUUGAUGUGAAGUAAUUGAAGCCUUCUUAAAUAGGUCAAUAACUAAAUUAUUUUGAUUCAUUAACAGUAAAACCAGACUAAAGGUGUCAAGGCCACACACAAAGGUGUUAAAAAUAGAUCAAUAUUACUUUUACUUUUAUUUCUCUCUUGAUCAACUUCAGAUCUAACUGUCGAUGACGAGUUUCAUUAGGUUUUUCAGCGGACUGUGAGUAAUUCAAAGUAAAGCCACUGCUCCUCCACAUCGAGAGGAGCCAGAUGAGGUGGCUCGGGCAUCUGGUCAGGAUGCCACCCGAACGCCUCCCUAGGGAGGUUUUUAGGGCACGUCCAACCGGUGGGAGGCCACGGGGAAGACCCAGGACACGUUGGGAAGACUAUGUCUCCCGGCUGGCCUGGGAACGCCUCGGGAUCCCCCGGGAAGAGCUAGACGGAGUGGCUGGUGAGAGGCUUCCCUGCUUAGGCUGCUGCCCCCGCGGACCGACCUGGGAUAAGCGGAAGAUGAUGGAUGGAUGGACAGUUUUAAAAUGUGUAUGUUUAAAAAUAAGUCAUAUAUUAAUAUUUUUUGUACUUUACACUUAAAUAUAUUUAGAUCAACUUCAGAGCUACCCAUUUCCAUAGUUUUUUGUUUGUUUCAUACCCUUUUUUCAUAGAUAACUGUUUUUCUUCAUUGCAAAAACAUUAAAUAUAUUCAAUAUUUUUUUCCAAAAUGUAAUAUUUAAGCCUUAUAAUGCUUUUUAAUCAAUAAAAGUUUAAAAAAAAAUCAGACUAAAGGUGUCAAGGCCACACACAAGUGUUAAAAAUAAAUCAUAGCUCAAUAUUAUUUUUUACUUUCAACGCUUUCUUGAUCAAUUUCAGAUCCAUCCGUUUCCAUCAAGUUUUUUGUUUUUGUUUGAUACCCUUUUUUUCCCAAAUAUAACCCUUUUGUCAUUGCAAAAUAUUCAAAACAUUUCCACAAAACAUUAAUAUCCAAUAUUGAAUAUUUGAAGCCUUAAAUAGGUCAAUAACUCAUAAGGCUUUUGAUUCACUAACAGUUUAAAAAUCAGACUAAAGGUGCUUAGGCCACACACAAAAGUGUUAAAAAUAAAUUAUAGAUCAAUAUAAUUUUUACUUUCAACGCUCAAUUGAUCAACUUCAGAUCUGUUUCCAUAGUUAUUUUUUUUGUUUUACCGGUAUAUCCUUUUUAGCCUGUUUUUUUUCAUUGCAAAAACAAAAUAUUAAAUACUUUCCCCAAAAAAUGUUUUUCCAAAAUGGAAUAUUUUAAAGCCUUAAGUCAAUAACUCUUGCUUUUCAUUCAUUAACAGUUAAAAUAAAAUCCCACUAAAGGUUUUAAGGCCACACACAUGUUAAAAAUAAAUCAUAACUCAAUAUUUUUACUUUCAACGCUCUCUUGAUCAAUUUCAGAUCCAUCCGUUUCCAUCAAGUUUUUUGUUUUUGUUUGAUACGCUUUUUUCCCCAAAUAUAACCCUUUUGUCAUUGCAAAAUAUUAAAAAUUUUUCUACAAAACAAUAUCCAGUAUUGAAUAUUUGAAGCCUUAAAUAGGUCAAUAACUCAUAUAAUGCUUUUGAUUCACUAACAGUUUAAAAAUCAGACUAAAGCUGCUUAGGCCACACACAAAAGUGUUAAAAAAUAAAUUAUAGAUCAAUAUAAUUUUUACUUUCAACGCUCAAUUGAUCAACUUCAGAUCUGCUUCCAUAGUUAUUUUUUUGUUUUACCGGUAUAUCCUUUUUAGUCUGUUUUUUUUUCAUUGCAAAAACAAAAUAUUAAAUAUUUUCCCCCAAAAAUGUUUUUCCAAAAUGGAAUAUUUGAAGCCUUAGGUGAAUAACUCAUGCUUUUCAUUCAUUAAUAGUUCAAAUAAAAUCACACUAAAGGUGUCAAGGCCACACACGUGUUAAAAAUAAAUCAUAGAUCAAUAUUAUUUUUACUUUCAACGCUCUCUUGAUCAACUACUGAUCUAUCCAUCUGACAAGUUUCAUUAUAUUUUUGAGCAAUGACAGUUUUAAAGUAUGUUGUGUUAUUAUUUCACUUGUUUGUUUUUUUUAUUUCGUUUUUUUGGGUAAUAUCAUUUUUAGAAUGAUCCGCGAACCGUUAAAAAAAUGAGCUGUGGCCUGCAAAUGGCCCCCGGGUCACAUUUUGAACACCCCUGCUCUAGACAACAAAAAUGUGCAUACAAUACAAAACAAUUUGGCUGAUUUAAACUGUACAUUUUUUAAAUUCUGUAAAUUAUACUGCAGCAUCAAAAUGUUUUUUAAUCAAUGUUUUGUCUUGUUUUGUAUCAUCACAUAGUAUUUUAUUGUGUAGACAUGUAAAACUGAAGGUAUUUUUUUUCCCUACCAGGUAAAUGACAGAAUUUUUGGAUCAGAUCAUUUAAUAUUUACAAUGUGCUGUUGUGUGGUGCAUUUUAGUUUUGUAAACAUACUUUUUUUUUUUUUUUUUUUAGAAUAAAGAAGAUUCAAUAUUUUUUUUAGGAGAGACUGGGGCGAAACACAUGUUUAUGCAAAUGUGAAUGAGCCUUUUUAGUAAUAAUAGUCAUAAAAAGCUUUGUCUACUGAA